GGCGAUUCAAAAAAUCCUGAUAGUGCAGUUGACGCAUACAGUUUGGGCACAGUGAACCAAGAAAUGAACAUAACUAAAGGGGAUACCAUGACGAUACAUUGCAGUGCAUUAACUGAUAAGUUCCCUGAUGAUUUAAAAUGGUACAAAACUACUCAACUUCUGGCAACUGAUGGGAGAGUUGCGAUAAAAGAAACCAAAGCGGCACAAUCGCAUUCAUCACAACUGAACAUUGCAGACGUCUCAAAAUCGGACAAAGGUGAAUACACUUGCGAAGGAACGAUGAAGAACGGUUUAACCAUUAAAAACUAUUAUCACGUCAAUGUCAAUGCCUCUGCUGUGAUUUCAGUUUCGGUUAUCUUGCAGUUAUCGAUAAUAUUGCUAUCAUAUUUCAUGUAA